AAGUGCGUUACUGGGCGGCCCCCGUCCCGGCGCGGCCGCCGCGAUGAACAGCGUGGGCGAGGCGUGCACGGAGCUGAAGCGCGAGUACGAUCAGUGCUUCAACCGCUGGUUCGCAGAGAAGUUCCUCAAGGGCGACAGCGCCGGCGACCCCUGCGGGCAGCUCUUCAAGCGCUACCAGCUCUGCGUGCAGAAAGCAAUCAAAGAAAAGGACAUACCUAUUGAGGGCCUGGAGUUCAUGGGCCCAAGUAAAGGGAAAACUGAAAACUCCUCUUGAUGUUGGCUGUAUGGGUACAGUCACUAACAGGAGCCUUUGGACUAAGCACCAUCACCAGGUGUACCACAGAUGCCACCUGGAUAAGACCUUUGUUGAUUGCUUUAUAGGAAGUGAAGAAUGUUCUGCUUGUGAAAACAAACGGCUAAAAGGAAAAAAAAAAAGUCUGGAUCAUCAGCAGUGGUAGCUGCUGCCUCCUUUCCAGUGAAAGCUGGUGGUGGUUCAGCAUCAAACAGCUUAAAAAUCCAUGUGAUUUAACUUCCCACUGAAUGUACUCUGUAAUGGGGGAAUGCUGGUUGGAGUGGGCUGAGGUGGUUUCUUUGUGACUGAUUUAUUUUGUUUAUUUAUCUAGCACUUGAAAGUGUUUCAAAAGAAUAUGGAGGGGGUUGAUGUACUUUCUAUCAUCUCUAUGCUGCUCAAUUUUGGUGAAGAAGUUAGUUUCAUGUCAUCCUGAAUGCUGAAGAGCUUAAGCACUGUUUUGUGUCAGCUGCAGAGACGGUUUUAAAGUUCUAGAGGACCUGCAACAGCUUGGCUAAAAUAAAUAUAACCAGGUUAUAUUUUGUUCAAGUAGG